AUGGCUGUUGAUAAAUCCAGGGAAAAGGGUGAUACAAUGCAAGCCAGCUCUGAUCAUAUCGACGAUUUACAAGCCUUUCAAGAGCAAGAUAUUUCCCUUGAUAAAGAUGUCACUGAUGUCAACUUCAGCAUGGCCGAAGAGGAAUUCAUUGCUCACGAGAAAAGUUUGGUGAGGAAACUCGACUACACACUCGUCCCUAUGGUUUGGCUCUUGUAUCUUUUCAACUAUCUUGAUCGAAACAACAUUGCUCAAGCCCGAUUGAGCUCAUUUGAGAAGGAUCUCAAUCUGACUGGAAAUCAAUUCAACGUUGCUGUUUCCAUCCUGAACAUAGGCUAUAUGUUGAUGCAGCUUCCCAGUAACAUGCUCAUAACUCGAACACGACCCGGCAUAUACAUCCCUGCUUGUACAUCAUUGUGGUCUAUCGUCUCAGCUGCCACGGCUGGAGCUGGCAAUUACACCCACCUUCUUGUUAUACGAUUCUUUCUUGGCAUCGCGGAAGCCCCGUUCUUCCCCGGAGCCAUGUAUCUUCUAUCAUGCUGGUAUCCACGCAAAGAGCUAGCAUUGCGCACUGCCGUCUUAUACUCUGGCGUCCUCCUUGCCACGGCAUUCUCUGGACUUAUUGCUGCUGGCGUGCUCUCGAGCCUCGAGGGCGCAAGGGGCAUCGCUGGUUGGCAGUGGCUGUUCAUCAUCGAAGGAGCUGGAAGUUUCACCGCAGCGCUUCUAGGUUUCGCGCUGCUUCCUGACUUCCCCGGACAGAGGUCGGGUGUUGCCAAGUGGUUGCUCACAGAUGCUGAGCAAAGAGUCGCGGUUGAGCGUAUUCGAAGAGAUCGGGUUUCUUUGCCAGAGGCAGACUCGAGUGUCUGGAACGGGCUGAAACUUGCCAUCAAAGACCCCCGUACUUGGGUAUUCGUGGUAAUGCUGACCGCGAAUCAUUCAGCCUAUGCCUUCAACAAUUUCUUUCCCACGAUCGUCAAGGGCUUUAAGCUUGGUAGCAACACCUUGACCCUCAUUCUGACGGCGCCGCCGUACCUUCUUGCCACUGUCGUCGCAUUCACGACUGCCUGGUCUUCCGAUCGACGUAAAGAGCGCGGCUUCCACAUCUCCGUGCCACAGGGCGUUGCAUGCGUUGGGUUCAUCAUUUCGGUCUCCACGGUCAACAUAGCCGCUCGUUAUUUUUCUGCAUUCCUUUACAUCUGCGGAUGCUUUUCUUCCAAUGCCAUGGUCUUCUCGUGGGCUAGCUCCACGCUGAACCAAACUCCAGAGAAGAGGGCGUGUGCAACAGCCAUCAUCAACCUGCUCAGCCAAUUAGGCAAUAUCUGGAGCCCCUACUUCUUUCCAUCGAAUGAUGGGCCUCGAUAUGUUAUGGCCAACUUGCUCAUGAUGGCAUCGUCGGCCUUGAGUAUUGUCACAUGCGUGAUCAUGAAAAUUAUGCUUACCAGGGCCAACAAAAGCCUCAAGAGAGAAGGUAGAGACACAACACUGUACACAUUGUAA